AUGACCGAGAGCGACGAGGAGCAGGAGUUCAUGUCCAACCUUUUCACCGACGAAAGCUACGUUCCAAAGACGUUCCACUUCGGCGCCCAGACCAUCACCGUGCUGAGACUCGAGGCAUCUUCCACUGAUUUCGACCUGACGGGGCAGAUCGUAUGGCCCGGCGCGCAGCUGAUGGGCGCUUAUCUGAGCACUCGGGCAGAGAUGUUCAAGGGGAAGACGGCUUUGGAGCUAGGGUCGGGCGUGGGACUGACGGGGCUGCUGUGCGCCCGAUUCUGCCCGGUAGUGAUGACCGACCACAACGAAACAGUGUUGAAGGUUAUGAGGAGGAACGUCGCGUUCCAAACGGAGGUGGCCAAGGAAGCAGCGAUCCAUGAGGUCGAUUGCAUGCAACUAGAGUGGGGCAACCGGGAUCACUUGAACGCAAUCCUGGCUCGCCACCCGGGGGGCUUCGACUACAUCCUGGGAGCAGACAUCUGUUACCAGCAGGCGAGCGUGCCCCUGCUCUUUCGGACGGUUCGGCAGCUGUUGGACGUCCGAAUUGGGGCCAACUUCAUCCUGGCGUAUGUGUCCCGCAUCAAGGGAACCGACGAGCUUGUAAAGGCAACCGUGCUGGAUAACAACAUGCGCGCCACUGAAGCUCCCGGAACUCGACAGAAGCUGGCUAACGGGACCCUCGAAGGGUGGGUCUAUGUAAUCUCCUCCAACUAAGGAACGCGAAAAUAUCCAGGCCCGGAUACUACCACUUGCACAACGAUGGGUGCGGUUCGGUUCAACCUCGUCGUGUGGAUUGCGAGAUAUCCACGGGUAAGCAAAAUGGGAGACGUUAGUGCUUUCAGAACUUGUCUUAAGGAACAAAAAGAGUGACUGGCAACCAGCCUCCAUGGGUCUUGAAGUCUUCAUCAUCAUCGUGACUAUCUUUCAAUGCUGGCCACUGCUUGCGGUAUUUUCAGGGACGUUGUCGAAGAUCAUUGUAAGAACACGUUCGUGCGAAGUAUGCACUCAAGUCAACAUUGGCAUGCAUGUACCUGCACACCGCUGGCGCCCCA